AUGGCACCCGUUGUUCUCAUUCUCGGUGCCGGUCGCAACAUCGGCGCCGGCGUCGCCGCCCACUUCUCCGCCGCGGGCUACUCUGUCGCCGUCGUCACCCGUAGCUUCCCCACUCCGUCCCCCUCUCCGGACCCGGAGACGGGCUACCUCCGCAUCCGUGCAGACCUGUCCGACGUUGCGCAGGUCCGGGACACCUUCGCGCAGGCCCGGAAGCACUUCGGCAAGGCGCCGCGCGUCGUAGUGUACAACGCCGCGGCAUUGACGCCGCCGCCCGACGCCGAGAACCUGUUCAGCCUGCCCGUAGAGCAGGUGGAGGCGGACCUGCGGCUGAUGAACUCGGGCGCGUGGGUCGCCGCGGGGGAGGCCGUCAGCGGAUGGACCGAGGACGCGGAGGAGGGCGCGAAGGGUCGCUUCAUCUACACGGGGAACCUGCUGAACGCGAUCCCGCUGCCAGUGCCGCUCCUGGUCUCCUUGGGUAUCGGGAAGAACGCGGCUUGGUCGUGGGUCAGCGUCGCCGAUGCGGUGUACAAGGAGAAGAAGGGCUGGAGGUUCUUCUAUGCCGACGAGAGGAAGGCGGACGGGAGCAGCAUUGGUAAUGUUCCUGAUGCCGAAUCCAACGGCAAAUUCUACGUGGAGCUUGCCGAGGGCGCGAAAGACCUGCCGUCGACUGUCACUUUCGUCGAUGGCAAGUACCAAAAGUUCUAA